AUGAAUAGAUUAGUUAGAACAAGUUUUAGAUUUUUGGCAACAAAGAGUCCUAAUUUAGGUACAAUACCCAAUUCAUAUGCUCAUUCUGAUCCAUCAUUUCAAGGAGAUUCAUUAAGUGAUAAUAUAGAGACGGUAAAGUUAGAAUAUGAUAAAUUUUCGCCAGAACCUUCAACUAAAAAAUCACCCGUGGUUAUACUUCAUGGUUUGUUUGGUUCAAAGACAAAUAAUCGUACAAUUGCGAAACAAUUAAGUCAUAGUUUGGAUAGAGAUAUUUUUUGUUUAGAUUUAAGAAAUUUUGGGUCAUCUCCACAUAUAAAUAGACUAGAUUAUCCUAGUUUAUCAGCAGAUGUAGAGUCAUGGAUUCAAGAACAACUGUUUGAAAAUAAACCAAUAUUAGUUGGUCAUUCAAUGGGUGCAAAGACAGUUAUGGCACUAGCGUUAAGAAAACCAAGUAUACCCAAAAUGGUAGUUUCAAUAGAUAAUGCCCCGAUUGAAGGAAAUUCAGAUAUAAAAUUUAUUAAAUAUAUCAAUCAAUUAAGGUUGUCAAUUGAGAAAUAUCAUUAUAGUAAUAUAAAAGAUGUUGAUGCUAAGUUGGCAGAAAUUGAAAGUGAUAAAUCAAUAAGACAAUUUAUAUUAACUAAUUUAAAUCGAGGUAAGAAACAUGAGCAUAUAACAUCAAAGAUUCCAUUAGAUAUAAUUCAAAAGGCAUUACGUGAUGGUAUGAUCUCAAGUUGGCCCUAUGAUUCCAAAUAUGUUAAAUAUAAUGGGCCCACUUUGUUCAUUAGAGGUUCUGAAUCUCCUUACGUUCCGGAUGAAUCAUUACCUGCAAUUUCACAGUUUUUCCCCAAUUUUGAAAUUAGAGAUAUAAAAUGUGGUCAUUGGGUAACUGCUGAAAAACCAAAAGAAUUUAUGGAAACAUUAAUAGAAUUUAUAGAAAGAAAAGAAGAUGAAUAA